CUGGUUAGGAUGCUUCCUAGAUGAAGAAGUGGAUCCAAAUAAGGCCCUGUUAAGCCUUGGCAGAAGUCUCGACCAAAUGCCAAUCUAUUCUUGAGUUGAUAUCUCUAUGACAGUGAUCAGUGGCCGUGUGGGAGUAGGAGAUGAUCACCUGACUAGAAGAUCCCCUGCUAACCUUUACAAGUAUCUGCUGAGGGCAGGAGGAUUGUUUGCAUUCAGCCCUCUGCUUCUCAUCAGGGCUCUCACACGAGGGGGGGAUUACUAUUACGGCUAACCCAAAGAAGCCCAAACUGGAUCCCACGGCACCUUUUAGUUAGUUUGUUAAUAUUUGGAGGUAGCUUAGUGAGAGCAAAGAGCUUUCUUGAAGAGGCUGCCAUCGUUGACACAGAGGGAAAGAUGGGCGUGCAAAAGGAGGAUGUAGAGAAGUUCCUCAAAGAGAACCCGGCUUUUGCUAAGGAGUACUUUGCUAAGAAGAUGAGCCAAAGCGCCAUAUCUAAGGUGUCGGGACUCCAGGAAAAACAGGUGGACUUCAGCCAACUCCAGGAACUCAGCCAGGUGGAGGAAAGUCGGAUCAUGUAUGACCUGAUCACAGACAUGCAGGAGAACAUCAACAUGGAAAAAGUGAUCUUCAAGAUCCUCAAGAGAAUCAGCGCGUUGAUCCACGCCGACCGCUGCAGCUUGUUCAUGUACCGGCAGAGGAACGGCAUCGGCGAGUUGGCCACCAGACUCUUCAACGUCAACACCCAGUCCGAGCUGGACGAGUGUGUCGUGCCGCCCGAUUCUGAGAUCGUCUACCCGCUGGACUUGGGGAUAGUCGGUCAUGUAGCCCAGACCAAGAAGACAGUGAAUGUGAAGGAUGUCAAAGAGAACCAGUACUUCAGCUCAUUUGUGGAUGAGCUCACUGAUUACGAGACCAGGAACGUUCUGGCCACGCCCAUUCUCAAUGGCAAAGACAUGGUGGCCGUGAUCAUGGCCCUUAACAAGACCACGGGGCCACAUUUCACAAAUGAGGAUGAAGAUCUCUUUUCAAAGUAUCUGAAAAUCGCCACGUUGAACUUGAAGAUCUACCACCUGAGUUACCUCCAUAGCUGUGAGACUCGUAAAGGACAGUUGCUGCUGUGGUCCGCCAACAAAGUUUUUGAAGAGCUGACCGACAUCGAGCGGCAGUUCCACAAGGCCUUGUACACGGUGCGAGCCUACCUCAACUGCGACCGCUACUCGGUCGGCUUACUUGACAUGACCAAAGAUAAGGAGUUCUUUGACGUGUGGCCGGUAUUAAUGGGAGAGCAGCCACCUUACGCUGGGCCUCUAACACCUGACGGAAGGGAAGUACAUUUCUACAAAGUCAUUGAUUACAUACUACACGGGAAGGAAGACAUCAAAGUAAUACCUAAUCCACCAGCAGAUCAUUGGGCCUUGAGCAGCGGCUUGCCUACUUAUGUUGCUGAAAGUGGCUUUAUUUGCAAUAUUAUGAACGCGGGAUCGGACGAGACGUUUGACUUCAAGUCUGAGGCGCUGGACAGCAGUGGAUGGACCAUCAAGAAUGUUCUCUCCCUCCCGAUCGUCAACAAAAAGGAAGAGAUUGUAGGCGUGGCCACUUUUUACAACAGAAAAGACGGAAAGCCUUUCGACGAUCAAGACGAGCAGCUCAUGGAGGCUUUGACCCAGUUUUUGGGCUGGUCAGCUUUGAACACGGACACGUACGACAAAAUGAACAAGCUGGAGAACCGUAAAGACAUCGCUCAGGACAUGGUGCUCUACCACGUUAAAUGUCGGAAUGAUGAAAUUCAAAAUAUCCUGAACACCAAAGAGGUCUACGACUGCGAACCGUGGGAGUGUGAAGAAGAUGAGCUUCUAAAUAUCUUGAAAAAAGACCUACCUCCUCUGAUCAAAAAAUUUGAGAUCUACGAAUUCCGUUUUUCGGAUUUCAACUGCACCGAGAUGGAACUGGUCAAGUGCGGUAUUCAGAUGUACUAUGAAGUCGGCGUCGUCAAGAAAUUCCAAAUCCCACAGGAGGUGCUGGUUCGCUUCAUGUACUCUGUGAGUAAAGGCUACAGGAGAAUCACGUACCACAACUGGCGCCACGGCUUCAAUGUGGGACAAACCAUGUUCACGCUCUUGACGACGGGAAUGCUGAAGCGGUACUAUACCGACUUGGAGGUCAUGGCCAUGAUUACAGCAGGCUUCCUUCAUGAUAUUGACCAUAGAGGGACCAACAAUUUGUACCAGGUCAAGUCAGGCAACCCUCUCGCUAAGCUGCAUGGAUCUUCCAUUUUGGAACGACAUCAUCUGGAGUUUGGAAAAUUUCUCUUGUCUGAUGAGUCACUGAACAUCUACCAGAACCUGAACAGACGACAGGUGGAGCACGUCAUUCACCUCACGGAUAUCGCCAUCAUCGCCACCGACCUCGCCCUUUAUUUCAAAAAGAGAACCAUGUUCCAGAAGAUUGUGGACCUUUCGCACACGUAUGAAGAUGAAAAAAAGUGGGUUGAUUUCAUGUCUCUUGAAACAACCAGGAAAGAGAUACUCAUGGCUAUGAUGAUGACCGCUUGCGACUUGUCCGCCAUCACCAAGCCUUGGGAGGUGCAAAGCAAGGUUGCUUUGUCUGUGGCGGCAGAGUUUUGGGAGCAAGGUGACCUAGAGAGGACAGUACUGGAGCAACAACCCAUUCCCAUGAUGGACAGGAACAAAGCAGCAGAGCUCCCCAAGCUUCAAUGUGGUUUUAUCGACUUUGUCUGCACAUUUGUCUACAAGGAGUUCUCCCGCUUCCACCCACAAAUCCAACCCAUGCUCGAUGGAAUCCUGAACAACAGGAAGGAGUGGAAUGCCAAAAAAGAAGAGUAUGAGGCUCAACUUAAAGUCAUAGAGGACCAGAAGGCCGCAAAGCAGGCGGCCGCAACCAGUAAAGCGGAUAACGCCGGCGGUUCCAAGACCUGCUCGGUGUGCUGAAACACUCAAGGAAAAUUUGGUGAGAACUGUAGGCUCUGUCGAGGGGGAAAAAAAAUUGGGGCGCAAUUGUGGUCUGCAGGAAAUUGGUGCUUAUCAAGAAAGAGAAUCGGAAGCAACAUUUUCUAGUUUUAUUUCUAUUUCCAUACUUGGACUGUGUAAGUGUGUAUGUACAUAUGGUAUGGAAGUGUGUCCCAAUUGUACAGAUGACUUUUGGGUUGCUAGUCAACUCUAGCGUAAAAGUGACCAUGUAAAUACACCGUUGUCAUGAAAAAAAAAAA